AGGAGCAGCUUUGAAGACGUGAGCUACACAUGAUCAAAAUGAAAGUCGCCGUUUUGCUGCUGGUGGCGUUCUGCGGCCUCACUGUGGCCCAGCAGGUUACAGACAUGACUCUGCCAGUCAUGAAAGAGAAGCUGAUGAAGCUCGAACAGGAAGUCCUCGAGCUGAAGAAAAAAGACUCGACCAAAGUGGCGUUCAGUGCCACAGUUGGAGAAUCAGAUGUCCUUGGACCUUUUGACACCAGCACAAACGUUAUCUACAAAACUGUUCUAACAAAUGUGGGCAAUUUCUACAACAAGGUUACGGGAAUUUUUGCUGCACCCGUUGCAGGUAUUUACUUCUUCAGCUUCUUCUAUCACGACGGAAAGGAACAUAGAACAAUGCUGAGUCUCUACAAGAAUGACGACGUGGUCGCCAUGACCCAUGAUUACCCAUCGCCCCCCGGUGUCGCUGAUAACGGAGGGAACGCCGUGUAUCUGCAGCUGCAGCCGGGGGACCAGAUCUACAUCAAACUGCAAUCUAAUUCAACUGUUUGGGGAUCCAGGUUCCACACCACGUUCAGUGGCAACUUGGUGUAUCAGAUGUAAGCAAAGGAAUGGCAGAAUAUACAGAAGAAUCUCAAUCCUUCGGUUUGAGGAAUGUGGAACUUCCCAACAUUUAUUAAAAAGCUGAAAUGAAAUAUUCUAGAUCGACUGCAGCAACAAGAAAAAAAGAGAUUCACUGAGUGGCAGUAAAAGACUUGAAAUAAGAAUAA